AUGGCCACGGCGACGCAGUUCGGGGCCCUGCAGGUGGGCACCUAUCUGGAGAUCGAGCGCAGCGACGGCCGCGUCCACCCGGCCCUGGUCACGGCGCUGCACGAGGACUCGGGCAGCCUGACGGCCGAGUGGGUGGAGGCGGGCGCCAGCAAGGGCAAGCAGGUGGAGCUGGCCCGCGCCUUCGCCCUCAACCCGCACCUGGCGCCGCCCGCGGGCCACGGCGACCGGCCCGGCCCGCCCGCCCGCUACGUGGUGACGCCCAUCAGCAGGGAGAAGCCGGGCGGCGACGGCGCCGAGCGCCAGCCCCGGAGGCCCGCCUCGGGCGGCACGCUCAGCAGGGCCAGCCCCGGGCCCGGCGGCCCCAGCCCGGCGCGCAAGUCGCCCUGCGUGCUGGAGGUGGAGCGCCUGCGCGAGCGGCGGGAGUGGCGCCACCGGGAGCUGCUGGCGCGCCGCGCCCAGCGCGAAGCCGGCCGCCUGCACCCGCACGCCGCCACCAUCGGCAUGAUCGAGGACUACCGCGGCGCCUUGCAGCGGGCCGGCGGCGCCCUGCUGGCCCAGAGCUGCCCCGCCGAGGCCGCCGGCGGCCACGGCCACGGCGGCGCCCGCAAGAUCUCGGUGUGCGUGCGCAAGCGGCCGCUGAGCCAGCGCGAGGCCGAGCUGCGCGACUUCGACGUGGUGACCAUCCCGUGCGCCGAGCUGGUGCUGGUGCACGAGGCCAAGCAGCGGCUGGACCUCACGCGCUACCUGGAGCACCAGACCUUCCGCUUCGACCGCGCCUUCGACGAGGGCGCCAGCAACGAGAGCGUCUACAGGCACACGGCCCAGCCGCUGGUGGAGAGCGUCUUCCGCGGCGGCAGGGCCACCUGCUUCGCCUACGGGCAGACCGGCAGCGGCAAGACCCACACCAUGGGCGGGGACUUCUCCGGGAAGCGGCAGGAGGCCGCCAAGGGCAUCUACGCCAUGGUGGCCAGGGACGUCUUCCGCCGGCUGCAGGAGCCCGCUUCCCGGGGGCUGGAGCUGCAGGUCUUCGGGGCCUUCUUUGAGAUCUACUGGGGGAAGGUCUACGACCUGCUCAACUGGAAGCAGCAGCUCCGGGUGCUGGAGGACAGCAACCAGCAGGUCCAGGUGGUCGGGCUGCUGGAGCAGGAAGUCCUCUGCGUGGAGGACGUGAUGAAGCUCAUCGAGACCGGGAACAGGUGCCGGACCUCGGCGCAGACCUCCGUCAACACCCACUCCUCGCGGAGCCACGCCGUGUUUCAGAUCAUCCUCAAGAGGAAAGGGAGGCUAUACGGGAAGUUUUCCUUGAUCGAUUUAGCUGGCAACGAGAGAGGAGCUGACACGUCCACCGCAGACAGGCAAACCAGGUUGGAGGGCGCCGAGAUCAACAGGAGCCUCUUGGCGCUGAAGGAAUGCAUUAGGGCCUUGGGGCGCAACAAAGGCCACACGCCGUUCCGAGCUAGUAAGCUUACUCAAGUCUUGAGGGACUCCUUCAUAGGAGAAAACUCCUGCACGUGCAUGAUCGCCACGAUUUCCCCUGGGAUGAAGUCAUGUGAGCACACGCUCAACACCUUGAGGUAUGCCAACAGGGUGAAAGAACUCUCCGUGGACCUGAACGCUUUCAAGCAAUUCCAUCCUGCCGUGCCCAGAUCUGUCUAUCAGUACGAUGACUUGGCGAGGCCAUGGGCAAUCCAAAGUUUGCCUGAGACGGACGAGUUCAAAGUGUUUUGUGUUCAAAAAGAGGAUCGGGUCUCGCCACAGUCGCUUACAUUUGUUAGCAGACCUAAAGACCAGAAAAAGAGGAAGGGGAUUGAUGAGAAAAUGCUAGGGGAGGACCACCAGGAGCCUCUCCGGUGGCUGAAAGCAUUCCUCCACAUGGCGCAAGAAGUAGACUAUGACAUGGAUUUUUAUGCUGCACAGUUUGAAGCUGUGUUGGCCCGAAAGAUCGCUGUUCUGACAGAGAUCCAGGAUAAACUGAAAUCUUUCCGCUCAGACCUUUGUAAUGAAGAACUGGCAAAUGGGCCUGUAGCUGUGAAGAAAUCCCGUGUUCUGUGA